UCCAGGCUUUCUUGUGUGACUAAUGCUCACUCCUAUCCUACUAUCUUCUAUUCUAGGUGUUUUCAGUGAACAAACGCCUCUUGAAGUACAGAACUUAUUCGAAGCGUACAAGGAUGAAUACGAUCACGACUUUGGCGAAGAGGAUGCCAAUAGACUUGCCAUCUUUCACGACAACCUCAAGUUCAUAGAUGAAGUAAAUUCGAGGAACCUUUCCUACAAGCUGGGUAUCACUCCUUUCACUCAUCUUACAAACGAUGAAUUCAGAGAGUUCGUCACAAGAGGAUACUCCCUUGGUGACUGGCAGCAAACGAUGUUGCGAGGAAUCGACUCCGAGGCCCAAACAUUCGGAUUUGAGGGCUCGGUCGAUGAUGACCUGCCGAUGAGGGUCGACUAUGUCGAAAAAGGUUGGGUUACUGAUGUGAAGUUCCAAGGGACUGUAUGCGGCAGCUGCUGGGCUUUUGGCGUUGCUGGUGCAUUGGAAGGCCUCCACAAGAAUGUUACUGGUCAGCUUGUCUCUCUCUCGGAGCAGGAACUUAUCGACUGCAGUAGAGCCUACGGCAAUAAUGGAUGCAAUGGUACACGUCAUUUGAACGAUUCCUACGAGUAUGUUGCGGAUCAUGGUUUGGAAACUGAAAGAGCUUAUAAGUAUGUAGGAAAAGAUGGUCAGUGUCGCCGCGAUGUUUGUGAAUACGCCAUCAAGGCUGGAACCAUAAGUCAUGUAAAUGUGAAAAGCAAUUCCUCAUCUUCGAUGCUCGCAGCCGUUGCCUUUGGUGGGCCUGUCAGUGCAGUCUCCUGUGCGUGGGCUGGGGUCUUCCAAAACUACAAAAGUGGAAUCAUCAAAGGAGGUGAAUGUGGUAACUUGCCAUCUCAUGUUGUCCUUGUAGUUGGUUAUGACAGAGGCCAUGAUCCGUGAAACCAGGGCGUAACGCUGGCCGCACGGCUCGACUGUUGUUCACCUUAGAUAUUAUCGUAUAAAGAAUAGUUGGGGUGUCCAAUGGGGGGAGCAUGGCUAUGCAAGACUUGCUAUUGACGAUACGGAUUAUGGUGUAUGUGGUAUACUUUACGAGCCCGUUUAUCCUAUCAGUAAAUAAUAACCGCCCAUUGAGUGAUGUACUUCGCCAUAUAAUAUGGCCCAUAUUCUUUGUAACUCUGCUUUCCUGAUGUGAAAGAAUACUCCUCCCAAAUCUCGCAUAUAUGACCGUCCUUUCCGUCCUUUUUGUCCUUUGCAGACAUGUUGAGAUCCCAAUCUUACUCAACAGCGGCCUG